UUCCCCACCAGGUGUCAGUGUGUGUGUGAGUGAAUCAUUACAGUGGUGUCUACUGCCGGGACUCAGCCACUGUCAGGUGGCUGGCAGGGUGGUGCCCUCACCCAUCAAUAUCCCCCCACCCUGGGGCUCAGGAGGAGGAGUCACACACACAGGACAUGUGAAACAGGCCUGCACAACCAAGAUGGCUGACUUCUUCAGUUUUCUCCAGUCGACCUUGAGUCAGGAAAAACAAAUGGAAGAUGCUGUCAACAACAAUGACAUGGACCGUGUCUGUGAACUCAUCAAGGACUACAAGAUCAACAACAAGGUUCAGCAACAAGGCGGCAACACUGCUCUCCACCUUGCCACCAGACUUGGACAUAAAGAAAUCGUAAAGAAGCUCCUUGAAGCAGGAGCUGAUCCCAUGUUGAAAAACGACUUUAAUUUGACGCCUAUUGACACUGCUACAAGGAAGAGUCAUCAGGACUGUCUCAUACUUCUAUUACGUUACGCUACAAACUUCCCAGCAAUCAGCGUCAUGUGGUUGCAAUCAGGAGGAUCCAUGAUACUCUGGAAAGAAGCCACCGAUGUUGUCAUGGGAACACUGUUGUGUGCCACACCCAAUUUUGGAUCCACUCGGAGUAAUACACAGAACAAUUUAUUUUUCCGACUGGUAGAUACGAAAAUGUUACACAGUUUGAAACUCCUGGUGAUGACGGGGUACAAGCUAACAAAUGAACAGAAGUUGAAACUUGAAUCAUCGGAUGAAAAGCAAUUUCUUGAAUGGCUGAAGUCGUAUCUAUUCAAGCCUCAGUCGUUACAGCAUUAUUGUCGCAUUGCAAUUCGACAAGCUUUUGAGUCUCGAUUCAACGUCUUCUAUGGGACGAGGUUUCUGCCCCUCCCAGCAUCACUACGGGACUUUGUUUGUCUGGACAGUGAACUCCAUUCCAUGGAGAAGAAGGAAAAGGAGAGCACCGAAGCCAGUGACGAGAUGUAGACACGUUCCAGUCAACUCAACGUCUUUCAGUGAAUUGGAGUAAUGGGCCAAAACAGAUUGGUUGAAAUCUUUGUCUCUUUCCCAAAAGUAAAUGUAUGGAUUGCAAUAUGGUUUAAAAUUGUCUUAAAAGUCUACGGACCCAAAUGAAUGCUUCACUGUCUGUUAUGUCUAUGAAGUCUGAUAACAAGCAUUAGAAAAAUUACUUAAAAGCAGGUGAGUCAGAAUGAGAGGCAACGCUGUAAUGACCCAACUAUAAGUCUACAAGUUUCUGAUAUUAUUUUAUUUCAAUCUAAACUGUACGUACUCACUAGUCCAACAGGAAACCAAGACAUUGCCCAGAGUCGGACUUCAGGAGGACAAUCAAUGAAGACACUGUGAUACAAAGUGGAUAAACACAGGGCAAGGCAUCAUGUUGGCUUCCACUACCGGGUAUAUUACGCAAGUCUUAAGAGUGAUACUGAGAUAUUUCACAUUAGUUUCAUGUGUCAGACGUAAUUGGUUUGGAUGAACAUACAAGGAGAGAAUGAUUCCAGUCUAAACUGGAGUGGUGCAUGUUAUGUCAAUAUUGAGAAUGAAAAUUGAUUGUUGAUUGGCUAUUUUGUUAUAUAUUUCUUUGUGACUGACUUAUAAGUAUGUUGCAGUUUGUUACUCUAUGUGUCAAUGAUAUAAUUUUGUUAACUUUAUACCAGUGCAUGUAUUUUUCAUAAACACAAGAAGCCAAUUUUCAUGUGAGUUUCUUACUCUGGAGAAGGAUUCCACUAUGCUAGUUCUUGAUGCGAAGUGUGUGCAGGCAAAGGGGAGGUAACUCUUAAGUGUGUGUCAUCCUGAUUAACAUGAAUUAUGAUUUAUGUUUGGGAUUUGCUUUAUUAUGAUCUAUACAAAUUUGCAAAUGCUGAUACAACUUGCAUAUCAAAAUAUUUUUGCUUCCUUCAUACAGUAUUAAAUUCAAAGAUUCUACUAAAUGUAGCCAUAUCUUACAACUUAGGUGCUGGAAAGAUUAUUUUCCUACAAUUGUGUGCAUAAUUAGUAACUUUGUUAACCAAGAAGAUCAAGUGAGGAAAGUAGCAAUGGUUGUGAGGAAACUAGCUUUAAUACAGUAUAGCGAGACAUGAUAUAGCUGGUGGAAGACAGUGUCUGUGUGGUUGAUGUGUACAGUUUUUGUGGAGAUUAUGAAAUGUUAAAAUACCGCUAUGAAGGGAACAUACCUCUGAUGUACUUGUAAAAUUGCAUAUAAUGCACAAUGUUUCUUGUUAAAACCCUUUUCUUGUUUGCACCCGUGAAGAUCCGGGUUCAUUUAUUAAAAAAAAUAAAAGUAGAUGGUCAGUAAGUCCCAAGUUUUAACAGUAUGAAAAGUGUGAUUAUCUCUGUUGUGUAUGUUCCAACGAUAUUGUUUCUAUGAGAUGAGUACUGGAGAGCAUUAUUAUUAUUAUUAUAGGAUAUUUAUAUAGCGCACAUAUCCACGUAUCUAGUACGUGCUCAAGGGCUGACAUUUUCCCCCUCGAUCACUGGACGUCAGUCUCAACGACGCAUCAUAUUAUCAAUCUGAACUCCCUGGGGAUCAUACAACUCUUGCUGCCACUAGGCGCACCGAGUUAUUGCGGCUUUCUCAUCCUUACGAGGUAUACUGCCUUGCUAGACGCACUGCUGUUAGUUGUCAUAUCAUACCCUGAAUUUAGCUGUCAUAUCAGUACCCUGAAUUUAGCUGUCAUAUCAGUACCCUGAAUUUAGCUGUCAUAUAAGUACCCUGAAUUUAGCUGUCAUAUCAGUACCCUGAAUUUAGUUGUCAUAUCAUUUAUGUAAGUACCCUGAAUUUAGCUGUCAUAUCAGUACCCUGAAUUUAGCUGUCAUAUAAGUACCCUGAAUUUAGCUGUCAUAUAAGUACCCUGAAUUUAGCUGUCAUAUAAGUACCCUGAAUUUAGCUGUCAUAUAAGUACCCUGAAUUUAGCUGUCAUAUAAGUACCCUGAAUUUAGCUGUCAUAUAAGUACCCUGAAUUUAGCUGUCAUAUCAGUACCCUGAAUUUAGCUGUCAUAUCAGUACCCUGA